GAUAAUAUCAUUUUAUCCCUUACGCAACUUUACAUUUUAAUUUUUCCCUUUAAUGCCAGCGUUUAUAUACUUAGUUUCUUUGGCUCCAUGUGAUGAUUCUUUUAUUACCUGAGAUUGAUCUUUUCGAUGGUCGAUGGUUAUUAUUCUCCUCCUUUAUUACAUUUUUUUUUUGCCAACAACGACUAGAUGUCUAUUAUGGCGGGUAAAACAUAACAUAGCUAUAGAUAGUGGUGCUGAGCCCGAUUCGGCAACCCUGCCGUGAAAUGCAGCCCCUGUCGGAAGCGAGUGCAGCUGUUUUUCGUUCGAAGGGGCAAAAGAAGUAGUUCCGUCCUUCUAAAGUACUAUAAAAAUAAGAAAUUGUCUUGGCACAUUUUAAAGAAAUAUAUCACAAUAACCCAUAUGGUGAUGAUAAACUAUAUGAUAAACGGUGAGCCCCGAUCGAGAACAUUUUAUUUAUAUAUUAGUCUAAGCUAUAGUACUAAACUCAGUUUACUAGUCUAUGAACAAGGCCUUGGCUUUCAGUACGAAAAAAACAUUUGGUACCACUAUCUAUAGCUAUGUUGUUUUUUUUUCUCCAUAAUUAAGAAAAAUUUCUGGGAUAAUAAUCUGAAAUAGCGAAAAAAAAGAUUUUUUUUUUAUGUCAGCCUACCUGCUGGAAAAUGCAUUCAUUUGAUUCUCAUUUGAUUUUAUAAUGUAAUGCCGUUUACAAUCAAAACACUGAACGAACUACGUAGUUAUUGAAUAUAUUUCAUAAACGCAAUAUCAGUGCAAACCGCAGGGUGGGCAUUUUACGGCAAGUUACUUUUGUCGCUUUUAAAAAACUUGCUCAAUAAAACCUGGAACACAUCGGAUGCGUGGCAUGUGCGUGGCGGCUGCGGGAAGUGUUGAUCUUCAUUUCGGCGCCCGUAAUAACAGACAGUGAAACCAUGCGGCUCGCACCUCGCAGCAGCGGCGCCUAUUUUUGGCACGUACAACUAAGAAAUUGUCCAGAGGAAAUCUGAGAACUGAACUAGAGCCAAGGGAUCUGUUGAGUCCAGGGGAAAAUGAAUGAAUGCUCAUUGCAGAUGACUUCUUGGUGCACUUUGUGCAACAAAAGACUUUGACAAUGGAACAUAUCACUACUCCAAGGACUGUCAAAUCAACAACAUUUAAACAAGGAUAAACACAACAACUGAAAAGUCGUCUAGACGUAAAAAUGAUUUGGCUCCUCUCCAAAUUUUCUCUCCAAAUUGUUCGACGGAAGGUCCAGACAAGCCGACACUCACGAUGUUCCAGUCCUGUAUGGCAGGGCUUUGUCCUCUGCCUUCUUACGUUUGCUGUUUUGCUGCCGUUGUCCUGCCACAGGUUGCUUUACUCGUAUUACUUCAUUAAGUCCUGGUACCUGAACUCCAUGAGUGAUGAGGCUCUGGAGGAGAGUUACAGGAGAGGGCAGGAAGCCUUGGAAUUUUGGCAAGACCAGGGUUCCACUCUGCCGGCGGGAUUUGUAAACAGCGACAAUCAGGAGAAACCAGAGCUCUUGGUGACGGUGGUGACCACUCUGCGGUCCCAGGGUGGUGAGUACCACUAUUUGCUGCAAGUAAUGCAGCAGCUUGUGUCACUGGUAGCGGCUUGUCAAAGGCCAGGCUGCGUCCAGGUGCUAGUGUGCGAUGUGGAAAGCAGUCCCCAGGAAAACGAGGAUGCCAGACUGCUGGAAACAAAGGUCCAAGUUGUUCGAAGGUCCUUAGAAGAAUUGGAGGAUAUAAGAAAAUACCUGAACAUAUUCGAGAAGGAGAAAAGAGAUUAUGUUUUUUGCCUGAGGAAAGGGUGGAACUUAAUCCAGCCAAAAAAUGUUGUAGUCCUUGAGGAUGACGCUUUGCCAACAGUGGACUUUUUUCCAGUGAUAAAUGAUUUGCUGUCCCGUCGGUUCUCCUCACAGACGUUGUACGUUAAGUUGUAUCAUCCUGAGAGGCUACAGCGAUACUGGAACCCAGAACCAUACCGGAUUUUGGAAUGGGUGGGCUUGGGCCUGGUUGGGGCCACUGCUCUGUUGCUGUUCUUCAGUGCCUGUGCUGCUCUGUCAUUCUCCUUCUCCACUGCCCAUUUCCUCUUUCUCACUCUGUAUGUCAUGGCUGCCGUCGAGCUGUUGGGGAGACACUACCUCCUGGAAGCACGCCGCCUCUCCCCUCAGCUGUAUGCCGUCUCCCCGGCAACUGAGUGCUGUACUCCGGCCAUGCUGUUUCCUGGCAACGCUUCUCUCAGGGUUGCCGAGUACCUCGACCAAGUGUUCUGCUUCAGGGGCAAUGCGAAGGACACGGUCCUUUACCACAUCGUGAGAUCGAUAGGGGGAGAGAGGGCACACAGCCUGGAGCCCAAUCUCAUCACACACAUCGGUGCUUUCUCCUCUGUCAGGACCAAUCCAUCCCAUCCUCGCUUAUUGUGAGGGGCUCUGGGUGCCAGUUAGAAGUGGGUAAACACAGCAAUAGUGUUAAAACCAAACCAGCGCAUCCGUGAAAGUUCCAGCAGUCUGCAUGGUUUUUGGUAACACUUUCACUACACUGAAUGUAAAAGGGUAGAUAUAUUUAAGGUCAGUUCAAAUGCAAAUUAUUAUUAUAGUGAAGAUACUUCAGUCGAUCCAAACACUGUGUCUUAAGCUGGGCAUACACUGUAUGAUUUUUACAGUCAUUUUGUAAACACCCAGCUCAAAUUGUAUGACUAUAUCGCAUGCGAUGAAAAGGCAAACCUCACGAUUUAUGUCCACACACUAUACGGUCCGAUACUCGGAUGCGACCUGACUGCUCACACUACACCAGCAAUAUGAACACGUCGGACUGCUGUACCCGGAACUCUAAAUGUCAAAAAAGAAGCAGCAGAAGAAGAACCUGCAUCAGUGGCGAUGCUCACCAAAGCGAAACGUGCUGCUUUGGCCAUUUGUGCAAUUUUGUGUGCAGAAAAAUCCAAAAAGAGGCGCCGGCGUGUAUGGACAGGAAGAUGGCUGGGGAGAUGUGGACAAUACGGCCUGUCCAUUUUUCAAGAACUGGAGGGAAGCAGCGACAGAUAAAUUACAUUGCAGAUAGCCUGAUACCUACACAGAACUUGUAAUGCAAACAAUAACAUGCCUGCUUGUUCUUGCUUGUUCAAACGUUCAGGCCAGUUAUGUUGUGUUUAUUUAAGUGCAAUUUAUCACAGUCCUUAAAUCUCAAUGUUGUGUUUAGUCUGUAGCACAUAAGAUCCCACCGCCAAUCAAUUUCAGACAACUGGUUAUAAUAACAUUCAACACCUAUACUGCCUUGCUGUAUUAAUAUAAGUUUUGUGUAAAUAGAUUGAUGAUAUGAAGGGUUUUCGGGACCUUCUUAGAAUGUCUGUGGAGGACUUCAAUUUCCUCCUGGACAGGGUAAGUCCACAUGACAUAAUGAGGGAUACCUACCUAAGAAAGGCGAUCAGCCCCAAGGACAGGCUUUCUGUUACAAUACGGUUUCUGGCAACAGGCAAGUUUGCGCACAUUGGCUAUCUAAUUUCAUUUCUGAGUACUUCAGUUCUGUGUUCGCACGUGCGCAGUGAGGACAACCCACUCAGGUUGAAGUUAGUCGGCUCGUGGCUCUACUUCCAUAGUGCGAUAUCCCCACUACGGGCGACCAAAAUUUCAAACAGGUUUGAUUUUCUCACGAUCAUCCAAUUGCCGGUUGGGACCUGGUCGGGAGGGGUGAAUCGGUGCUCCUUACAUCCUGUGCACUAUACGAUAUACGACCCACAAUCAAGCUGAAAUUCAGCGCUACUCGCACAGUGUAUGCCCAGCUUUAAGUAGUUUGAGCUAUUAUAGAAAA